AUGUCCUCCACGGCGCCUCAGACUCCUCUCCAGAAUGGAGACGCCCAACAUACCAAUGGGACCAACGGCGUCGUUCCCGCCCCGAACAACUUGACUCAGAGCCCUCAGCCAGUGCAGACGCAAGUCACGCUCGCCGGCAAAGUCAUCGCCAUCACGGGCGCAAACCGCGGGAUCGGCCUCGGGAUCGCAGAGUGCUGUCUAGUCAAUGGCGCCGCGGCGGUCUACUCGAUCGAUGUGGCCGAGCCGGGCGAUGAGUUUCGCGAGGUGUCGAAGCGGUUCGCGGGCAGGCUCUCGGCCGUCCAGGCCGACGUCACGCAGGAGCAGAGUGUCAAGGUCGCCGUUGACCAGAUCGUCGCCCAAGCUGGCGCGCUACACGGCAUGAUCGUCAACGCCGGACGGACGAAUCACAAAGCCGCGUUGGAUUUCUCGCAGGAGGAGAUCGAGGCUCUGUUUGCCGUCAACCUUUUUGGCGCUUUCUACUGCGCGCGAGUCGCCGCGCGGCAGUUCAUCAAGCAGGGUACGGGCGGCGCCAUUGUCUUCACCGCAUCCAUGGCCUCGUACCGUCCCAACAAGCGCGUCCCGUCCGCCCCGUACGGCGCGUCCAAGGCCGGCGUGCGGAACAUGACACACACGCUGGCCAUGGAAUGGGCCAAGCACGGCAUCAGGGUCAACAGCGUCUCGCCGGGCCUGGUCAAGACGGCCAUGACGUACUGGGUGCCCCAGCAGCCCGACUGGGAGCAGCAGCUGAAAUACUACGGCGGCAUGCCCCGGCUGGCCGAGGUGCAGGAGCUGGGCGGGGCGUACGUGUACUUGCUCAGCGACGCCGCGAGCUAUACCACGAGCAUUGACAUUCCAGUGAACGGGGUGAUUGGGAGUACUCUGCUGAGUUAA